AUGUCUCGCUCUGGUGGCACCACUCUAUACGUAACUGGCUUUGGCCACGGCACUCGAGCACGCGAUCUCGCCUACGAAUUCGAACGAUAUGGCCGACUUGUUCGGUGUGAUAUUCCUGCACCACGGACAGCCUCGAGUCGCCUGUUCGCUUUUGUAGAAUAUGAGAGCCGUCGUGAUGCAGACGAUGCUUACCAUGAAAUGCACAACAAACGCAUUGGUCGUGACGAUCUACUGAAAAUCGAGUGGGCUCGCACUCCCCCUUCUGCAUCCUGGCGUUUUGACUCUGGUCGUGAUCGUCGUCGUGACCGUACCCCUCCACGCCGCGGACGUUCUCCAUCUCCUCGCCGUGGACGAGGUGACUACUCGCCUCGCAGGGACGAAAGACGCGAUAGAGACUAUGAUCGACGUGACCGGGAUCGUGACCGUGACCGUGAGCGCGAGCGCGAACGUGACCGAUCUCGCAGCCCUGAAGAUCGUGAUCGAGAUCUUAAAGAAGACCGCGACAGACAUGACGACAGAGACCGCCGUGAAGACGAUCGCGAGAAUGGCACAAACGGUGACGAUAGAAAAGCUCUGGACCCGCUACCAUCUGGUCACGACGAGCUCGACACAGCCGAGUAA